GGGCAACUUCACCGGGAGCCUCCCGCGCCCUCUGCCUGUCGCCCACAACAGCCCGCAUCAUCACCAGCAUCAUCAUCACUAUCCUCAUCAUCCUCCUCAUCAGCAUCAGUGUGAUGAAGCAGCGGAGGACGGAGACCUUCCUGCUCUGAGACACUGGAUCAGCCCGCAGACAGGAUGACUGAGGUAAUGAACUCUCUGGAGCCCGGUACAGAGGACUUCAGCGGGGGUGGAGCAGAAGCAGAUCAGGCCGCAAUCUUCCCGGAUACCCAUGAAAGAUAUCCAAAGCUGUCCAAGAGGCUUCCCUCCAUCGUGGUCGAGCCGAUGGAUGGAGCCGAGGUGGAGAGCGGCGAGCUCCGCUGGCCGCCGGACGAACCGAGCUCUCCGGACGGCCAAACGGAGAGACCGAGUGCAGACGAACAAACAGAGAGGCCGAGUGCGGACGAACAAACGGAGAGGCAGAGUGCAGACGAACAAACUGCAGAUGAGGACCAGUCGAAUGUCGACGCGGACCAAGAGGCUUCAGGGGCGGAGAUUCAGGACUCCAACUGAACAAACGCUCUUCCUGCGUAAUCCACUGUGAGUGUGUUACUGUGAGUGUGUCCAGACUCGGAUGGAUGAAAAAGAGUCCAAUAGAAGAGCACGUUGCAUUGAUAGAAAGAUCACGGAGACAUUGUAGAGAGGGUAGAGAAACAGAUUUCCAAACCCCAGCUCACGGGCUUGGAUCCAGAGUCGUGUUAAAUACAUUUACAGAAGGUGUUUAGGUUUUUUUCGUGCACGCUUCUUCCUCUGACGGAGGAGGUUAUUCUGACACAUGUGAGAUUAUAAAGAUGAUUGAAGGGAUCACAUUCCGGUUUGCCUUUUGGCUACUUUCUUUUCACGAGAAGCUGCCUUGAAAUGAAGAAAAUAUAGUCUUGGCAGAAGACGAAGUUUUUAAUGUCAGAAUUCAAGCACCUAUUCUCCAGUUUAAGUAUUUGAGGGUUUUGUCGUCUAUUAAGACUGUUGUCAUAUUUCCAGCUUUGUGAUUUUGAUGUUUUUAAUUUUAAUAAACGAAAUGUUCUCUCUCUGGCUCCAA